AUGAACCAAACAAAACUUAUAAUUAACAAAGAAUCUACUAAAGGUACUUCAAUAGAAUUAGAAUCAAUAAACAUUUUAAAAAUUCAACUUGGUAAUAAUGAAAAUGAUUUACAAGUCAAAGACAUUACAUUUUUAGAUUUAAGUUCUCAACAUUUGAAGACAUUACCAAAAUAUUUAAAUUCUCUUAACUUAAUAAAAUUAGAUCUUUCUGAUAAUCAAAUAGAAGGUGAUAUUAAUCUUUCAUUAUUAUCAUCUCUACAAACACUUAAAAUAAAUUCUAAUUAUAUUAAUAGUGUUAGAUUACCCUCUUCUUUAGAAAACAUUAAUAUUUUCUCAAAAUAA